CUCUCCACUCAAAUAGCGCGUGUCAAAAAUUUUAUAAACGAAUUUUUUUUACGAAUCCUAAUUUUAUUAACGAAUCCUAAGGCAACUUGGAAAUCAGAAACAGACACAAAAUUAAUUGCAAAAACUAAAUAAAAUAAUGGGCUACUCAGCAAUAGCAGCACUUUACCUUAUUCGAGUGCGAAAAAAAUAUCCCGAACUCGAUGAUGAAAUUAAAGAAAUCUUAGCCGAGCACACAUCAUGCGAAACAAGUAUAAGCCUCAGACAAUUUGUAGACAAGUAUAAAAGCCGAACAGGCAAAACUUUUCCACUACAUAUGUGCGCCAUAAGAGCAACAGAAUUCCUCGUGAGCGUACCAUUUACUGUGGCAUAUCGUAAAUCUGGAAUGCCGCACUUUUUUAGAUUGCCCAACAAGGACGUCUAGUGGUGGAACACAGCCUAAUUGUAGCGAUAUUUGAAAGUUUUCAAUGCGCACACAUCCAUACAUACAAAUAUAUAAGUAAAUGUAUACCUGGUCUUAUAUCUUACAGCCGAAGCAACAGCAUUGGAGGAGAAGAUAUAAAGAAUAUGUAGGAGAUAACUAUAGACCCACCCACGCCCACUCAUAUUUAUUUAUAUUUAUAUACACAUAUACAUAGGUACCUAUAAUUCGUUCACCUGUAAUAAAAGGACGAGAAUAAAAAAAAAACAAUGUUUUAUUGCCAUAUUUAA